GAAGGGUCCUGCGUAGUGCGCACGCGCUUCCCUCUCGGAUUAAUGUCAAGGCACAAAAGUGGCGCUACAGCGUUUCGAGCUCUCCUCCGGUGGUUGCCUUAGCGAUGGAUGGGGAGUUAGAGCCAAGCCCUGUUGUGGCAGAGGACGUGGAGGAGAGGGCGGAGCUCCUCGACGCCACUCCUUCCUCCCAGCCGCCAUCCCCAACUCCCGCCGAGGAGUCUGGGGAGCCGGUGUCCAUGGAAACGGGAGACGAAGCCACAAAGGAGGGUGGCACAGAGGACAAUGAGGAUGAUGAUGUUGUUCUCGUAGAGGAGGAGGCUUCCCAGCCACUUCCCGCUGCUGCUGCUGCUGCAACCUCUUCUCCAGACGGACCCGACGCGGAGAGUGCCGAGCAUGCGGGCGCUGCGCCAGAGGACGCAGCAGAAACGCCUUCCAAGAGCCCAAACUCUCCUCCGUCUUCCAACGCAUCCAUGGCGGCGAUGGCGGCGGCAGCGUACCAGAAGCCGCCGACCGCAGCCCCGGAGCCCAUCGUCAUCGACGACGAGGAGGACUGUGAACAGAAAGAAAACUCUUCCCCCUCACCUGCACUCCCUGGGGAGUCCUCCGCCUCCCACUCGCCCGCUGCGUUCAGCAGCAAUGACCCGGACUCGGAGAUCAGGAUCUCCAGCGUCACCACUCUGGGCUCCAGCAACCAGAGGGGCUCGGCGGCCAACACGCCGCCGCAUCCAGACGAUGCCCAGGCCGACAUCAACCUGAUGAUCACUUCGGUGACGUCCCUCCAAGGCGGAGCGGUGGCUGUCGGAGAGGCGGAUGAAAACGAGACAGAGGAGAACGGUCUGCAGAUCAGCAGUGCCUUCAGUCUGAAUCCUGACACCCCAUCUGCUCGACCAACCGCCUCCUUUAACCCCGGCCGAGGCUCCGCCAGCCAGCUGGUUCAGAACGGAGACACGGGGACACACAAAGGAGCAGACUCGUGGAUCUCUCAGUCGGCCUCGGUUCCUCGGAACCAGAAGCAAAGCGGGGUGGACUCUCCAUCGCCUGCCACCUCGCUGCCAAAGCCUGCAGGCCAGUCUUCCUCCUCCACCUCCUCCUCAGGCUCCCAGACACAACCCAGGACCGUCAAGGUGACCUGCGCCAACUGCAAAAAGCCUCUGAAGAAAGGCCAGACAGCCUACCAGCGAAAAGGCUCAUCUCACUUGUUCUGCUCCACCACGUGUCUCUCUGCCUUCUCACACAAACCUGCACCCAAGAAGACCUGCACCAUGUGCAAAAAGGACAUCACACACAUUAAGGGCACCAUUGUGGCCCAGGUGGACUCUAGCGAGUCUUUUCAGGAGUUCUGUACGACCGGCUGCUUGGGCGCGUACGAGAACAAGAACAACCCGCCUAAAACAGGCCUGAAAAACAAAUGCACCGUCUGUGGGAAACUCACAGAGAUUCGGCAUGAGGUUAGCUUUAAGAACGUGACCCACAAGAUCUGCAGCGACACAUGUUUCAAUGUUUACCGCAAAGCCAACGGGCUGAUCAUGAACUGCUGCGAGCAGUGUGGCGACUAUCUGCCCAGCCGGGCGUCGGCCAACCACUUCCUGCUGGUCGAUGGCCAGCAGAAACGCUUCUGCUGCCAGAACUGCAUCAGGGAUUACAAACAGGCUCACAGUAAACUCGCCAGCUGUAUGACUUGCAAAACACUAAUCAAGACGGGGGAGGUGCUCCAAAGCCUCGGCGCAGGCGGCACCAUGAGCUCCUACUGCUCCGUCAGCUGUAUGAACAAGGGCAAGCUGACGUCGUUCAUCAACAAGGAACCUACAUGUCAUUUCUGUAAAAGAAGCUCUUUGCCGCAGUACCAGGCCACGCUGCCAGAGGGCGACAUCCUCAACUUCUGCAGCUCCCAAUGUGUUGCCAAGUUCCAGAACGCUUCCCUUCCGACAACCACCAACGGUCAGACGCCCCUCAGCAACAGCUCUGUYCAGCUGAAAUGYAACUACUGCCGAGGAGCAUUCAGCCUGAAGCCCGAAAUUUUGGAGUGGCAGGAUAAAGUCUAUCAGUUCUGCAGUAAGACGUGCUGUGAGGACUACAAGAAGCUCCACUGCAUCGUGACGUUUUGCGAGUACUGCCAAGAAGAGAAGACCCUUCAUGAGAUGGUUAAGUUCUCUGGCGUCAAGAGGCCCUUCUGCAGCGAAGGCUGCAAGCUGCUAUUUAAACAGGAUUUCAUCAGCCGACUGGGGCUGAAGUGUGUGAGCUGCAACCACUGCAGCCAGCUGUGCAAAAGAGGCAUCACCCAGCAGCUCGGUAACAUGACCCGGGACUUCUGCAGCGAGGCCUGUGCCAAAAAGUUCAACGACUGGUACUACAAGGCAGCGCGGUGCGACUGCUGUAUGGUUCAGGGAAACCUGACGGAGUCGGUGAUGUGGAGGUCGGAGAUGAAGCAUUUCUGCGACCAGGAGUGUCUGCUGAGGUUCUACUGCCAGCAGAACGACCCCAUCAUGGUCACGCAGAAGGGACCAGAGAACACCACGCUGGGUCUAGAUAUGCACGCCGCAAAAUCUGGGCUGGUGAACCAGAGUGCUGUGGCGUACUCCAGUGGAGGACUGAUCAGAGAUGUGAAGAAUAAAGCGGUGCUGUGCAAACCGCUCACCCUGACCAAAGCCACCUACUGCAAACCACACAUGCAGAGCAAACAUCUACAGACGGACGUAGAUGACGGCGUGAAGAGGGAGUAUAUCCCCGUACCCAUCCCUGUUCCCGUCUUCAUCCCAAUGCCUAUGAACAUGUACGCCCAGGUCACCCCCACUCCAGUCUCUAUGCCUCUACCGGUUCCYGUGCCUGUGUUUCUGCCCACCACGCUGCAGGGGGCAGAACAGAUUAUUCACACCAUGAAAGACCUGAAAAGCGAGGCGCCCUCUAGUACCGCAGAGGCAGCUGUGGUCGUUGUAGAUGACGACGACGAGAAACCAGAUGUGAAGCCGUUGGCGGUGAAGAGAGAGAGCGUUAAGGAGGAAUCCUCCAGCUGUGGCUCCAAAAAAGAGGAGAAGAUGGAAGAGGAGGAGGAGGAGGAUGAAAAGUAUGAGCCCGACCUGGACCUAGAGGCAGACUUCCCUCAAGCGUCGGAUCCCGUCCCGGUGCUGGAGGGAAUGGACGAGGACAUGAGCUUUUCUCUGCCUCCGGUCCUGGCAGAGGAGAACGAGGAGCUGCAGGAGUCUACGCCUCGACCUCGGCCCAGAAGACUGGGGAAUAAAAGGCAGGCCGUGGAGGACCUGCCUUCGUCCUCUCCGUCACGUCCAAGCAGCAACUUGGAAGGAAGGUCGCUGCCCCUCAAGUCUCGCUACGGCAUCAACGCCUGGAAACGCUGGGCGCUGUCCCUCUCUGACCAAUCAGAAGACACCAAAGAAAAGGAUACCUCCAAACCAACUCGGUCGAAAAGCAACCUGUUGUCRUUGAACGCAGAGGAGCUGAACUCAGCUCUGUCCCGAUUCGUCAGAGAGGCGUGCCGCCCAAAUGGGGAGCGCUACUCUCCAGACAGCAUCCUCUACCUCUGUCUGGGAAUUCAGCAGCAUCUUCACGCCAAAGGCCGGAAGGAUGAUCUGUUCAGCGACCCGUGUUACCAGCAGUUUGGAGAGGAGCUCAAUAAGGUGCUCAAGGACUGGCAGCCCAGUGUGCUUCCUGAUGGCUCGCUGUGGGGUCGGGUGGAGGAGCAGAGCCUGUGGAGCGGUCGGCACCUCGGGGAGCAGAGUCCGGCCUCCCUGCUCCGCUCACUGGUCUACCUAAACACCAAAUACUUUGGCCUGCGCACCGUGGAGCAGCACCUGCGCCUCUCCUUCGCCAACGUCUACGGGCCCGACACCAUCCAUCCUGUCAGCAAGGAGCGCAGCGUCUGCAUCCGCGUGCCCUCCAUCUCUCAGGAUCACCACGGUGAAGCACAGACAGAAUCUAGGAGAAGGAAGCGCAAGCAGGCCGAGGUCAAACGGGAUGAAAACGAGGCGGGCCACCCGCCUGUCCGCUACCCGGUAAAGAAGCACGAGUGUCGUCUCUACGAGCUCUACAGAUCCAAGUGUCCGCCUUUGCUAUGGGAGCGCCUCGACGUCUUCUACGUCCAACCGGACCCGGCCUGCAGCUCCGGCGACCCCGUCUGGUUCAGCUCCACUCCGCUGGAGCGUCAGAUCCUUGAAAGCCUCCUGACCAGAGUCCUCCUGGCCAGAGACAUUUACACAGACAAGCCACUCCGGGAGGAAGAGGAAGACGAGGAGGAGCGCGGCGAAGGAGCCGCAGGAGAGUAGURCCCGCUUUCGGACUCCCGCUCAGAAACCCGACGAGAGCAUUCGGGGGGGUAAUCUAGUUGUGCGUUGUCCCCUUCACCCGUCUCUUUUCCUCGUCUCUUCACCGACUCCGGUGACUUACUGUUUCCUCCUGGUGAGGGACGCCCAUGGCGAGCAGAGGAAGCUUACAGCGGCCUAGGCUUCUGCCUCAAACAGGAAGUCGGAGGUUGAAGCCUUUGAUUUGUUUGUUUGUUUGUUUGUUUGUUUUUUUGUUUUUGUUUUAGAGGAAAAUGACGGCCACGUAGGUGAACCGAGACGAGUGAAGUGAGCCGAAGCUCGUUCUUACCUUCAAACACCCCAAAAAAAGAGGGGGAAAAAAGGUUAAACGGACGGUGUGGAUGUGAAGGGAUAUCAGGAUGUUGUUUCCAAAACAUGCAGAUUUUAGUUCUCAGGCCAGCAGCUCAAACACAGGAAUAUCUCAGUCGUCCCCUCCUCAGGCCGCCACUCUAAGAAACCAGGAAAUCCCUCAUCACAUUCGCGUCCUUUUCACUCUCACCAGAUGGAGAAAGUAAAGCAAAAAGUACCGCAGCCUGACCCCACGGGGGAAACGCCAUCCUUUUGUUUAAAUGUCAAUCUCUUACUUCAGCARGUUACGAGUCUAGUUUAGUUACAAACAUCAGUCCGCUUUGCAUAUCUGAGUUUAAUUUUCUCGAUUCUGAAACAAAUUUGUUUGAAUUUYGGUUCCUUCGUGAUAACGCUGUGAGGGGAGCGGGUCGGCGUUCUCCAAACGGUUUUAUGCAAAGGAGAACAUCAAAUUCUGAGUUUUUCAAUCCCACUUGGUUUACUGUUAAUGCAUUCAUGCUAGAACUCCACUUGAGAGAAUAACAUCUUGUUGGUUCACCAUUACACAGACAGCGAYUUGUUGUGAUUAUUAUGCCAACACAUGCACAGUAUGCUGUAUCCAGCGCUCAGAGAUAGUUUUAUUUAUAUUAGAGAUGCACCGAUCAGAUAUUUCGUGGCCAGUUUCUGAUGUCCAAUUUUGGAAAGUAAUAACCUGAUACCAGUUUUAGUCAUUUCUUUAAAAUCCAUUAUUAAAAACAUUUCUUUUUUUAUUUCUACUUCUUGACACCAAAUUUAUAGUAAAAUGUCUAAKAAAGAAAUCAGGCCAAAGUUACACAGCUUGUGCUCUCCAUCACUUAAUAUCUACAUUUAAAGCUUUUGGGUCUGAUGCAUCUAUAAACUAAAAACCCUUUUAAAAAGAUUGACUAUUGCCUAUUUAUUUUAUUUUCUAUAUUGAACAUGCAAUAUGCACCAUCUCAAAAGACAAAAUAAUUUUUUUUWAUAUUACACAGUGCAUUCAAAAUAAUUUAAUUCUCCACAUUAACAUCUGAGAGAAAAGGCCUGUAUGUUUUCAUUGAAUUGUUUUCUCAUUUAUAGUUGACGUGAGCAAACAAGAUGUCUUCUGUCAUCAAUUAUUUAUACAAGGAGCAGAGGUGACGUCACACCGUGUGAGGGAGAGAGCAGUCAACGUUACACAGCUCCGSGGUCAAAACAUUCCACCGUUUGAAAACAAAUAGAAAAUUAAUAGUUGACAUUUUAAACCUACUUUAGGUAGGUUUAAUUUUCUGCUUGAGCUGCUACAAUCCUCUUUAAAAGGAUAAAACUGCAACACCUUUAGCUUCCUGUUAGCAUUGCUAAAAAAAAUGAACACCUGGAAUGUUUUCUAGAACCUUCAAACAUCCUUUGCGCUUCCUCUGACUACUUUUCUUUUUAAAUAAAGCCGUACUAUGUCAUUCUGUAGCAGCUUCCACAGAAAAGAGCUGCUUGGUUUUUAUGUGGUGCGUUUACUGACGGGGAAAAGAAUGGAUUGUUAGCUUCCGGCUGGUUUAGAGUCGAUGAAUGAGUGAAAUCGGCCUGUUAUUCCAGCAACCAGACAAUUUCUUGGUGCAUCUCUAAUAUUCUGUCCGUGGUUCUCUUAAACUGUACAAGGGGACUGGUUUAAUUAUCAACAGAAGAGGAAACCAGAUUUGCACAUCGCGAUAGACGGUCAAAAUCGACGCCACGAGAAACUCAGAAAUGCCGAAUUUAAAUAUCAGAGCCAGAUUUUUUAGUUUAAAUUUAAUUAAAUUAUCUUAACUUCAGAAUGUCCAAUUGGCUAAACUCGUCUGUGAAAAGCGAAGGGAGUAAAAGCAUUUGCUCAAACUAGCAUCGCUAACACAAGGCCAACUGAACGGCGUUUUCUGUAGCGAUCGACUUGCGUUGACGCUUGGACAAAGAGCUACUGUCUACAUUUUUCCCAAGAAAAAUGUCUUUUUCUUGGGGAAAAAGACAUUYUCAAGAAUGACUUUAAGACAUUCUUGAGAAAGGUCUUUAGAAAUCAGUUAAGUUUUUUUUUUUCCCAGGUAAAAAGAAAGAAACCAAGUCGUCAGGAUGACUUUGAGGACACGAAUGCUUGAAAAUCAACAAUGUGAUGUUCUAUCAUGUGUUGUUUCACUUCAGGUUUCUGCACACUCUUUAAAGGUGGUGUUACAAAGUCUUCUUGUUUGUGUUUUUUUUUUGUUUGUUUUUUUUAAAGUUGUAUAGCCUCUGCAUCGACUAGGCUGCCUUAACUUGCCUCCCAACGCCACCUGAACGCAGCAGAGCGCCGAUCCCAGGACAGAUCGGACCGCCUGCGGUUCAGGAGGCGGGUCUACYUUCCAACAUGCUGUGUCUCUAUUGGUUCACCCUCACUCGUGUGAUGUAGCAUUACCAGAGUACCGAACCCAGACUGUGUGUCAUAAACGCGUCCGAUUCAGGUUGGUUAUCUCGCGCAUCGUCAACACAGGAAAAAACUGCAGCUUGCAAACUUGCAGGAUUAAAAGUGUCUCUAAAACUUAUUUAUUCCUUAUUUUUGUUAAUGUGUUGGGAUUUUGCGGCUUUUCUUUUUCACCUUGUUGUCACUCAUUAGUUGCUGCUGUCUGUCCUGCGGUGGUGAAGGAUCCCGUGAAGCAUGAAGGAGGAGGAUAGUUUGAGUACGGAGCACUUCUUUCCAAGUCUCCCAUUUUCCUGACUUUUUAUUUUUUUUAUUUUUUUUUWAUAGACGUCUAGUACUGCAAAGUAAAAACUUUUUUGUUGUAGCAAAUUAUUCAUUGAAUAUUUUUUAUUCAAAACAGUCGAGUUAGACCGUUUUGUUUUUUUUUCUACUUGUCUCUUAAAGGUUUUUUUUGUUUUGUUUGUGGAGCUAAAACUCUCAGACUUCAGGCUGUUUCUCCUGUUACGUCAGACUUGCCUUGUGUGCGUAUUCCCAGUCGCUGCUUCCCUCGGACCGUGACGUUCUCCGAAGAACAGAUUGUGUUUAGAGGUCUGGAUCUGCAGUGAACACACACACACUAUGGCGGUGUAUUCCCCAGGGAGAUUAUUGGUCAGGUGGCUCCAUGCAGCUUAAAAAUCCAAACAUUCAAAUUUUCAGAGGAAACCAUUUAACCAGACUGAUUUAUUAUUAUUUUUGUUUUUUCCUUGCUGAACUGAGAGGCAACAACCAAACCUGCCACUGGUUUGGCCCUACAGUACACGCUGUGGCUGGCUUUAAUGCCUAAUGUGAAUGUGCCUAUCUGUAUAUAGUGAAAGUGAGUGAUUGUGACCUGAAUCCGAUGCUAUGUGUAUGGGCUGUUCUGCCAAUACGGUUAUGUUUAAUAAAUGAUUUCCUUUUUUCUAACCAGA